GGCGCCAAAAGAAAAAAAACACUCUUCACUCGGUUUCGGCUGCCCGUAAAUAUCCGGGCAGCUAGCCGCCCUUCUUUUCUCUUUUUCACUUCACAAAAUCAAAGCUUAAAUAUUAAUAUAAGCUCUUUUCUCUCUUUUUCUAUUUUUCCCCCCACUGAUUCAAAGCUCUCUCCUUUUCUCUUAUUCCAUUCCUCUGUUUCUGAUCAAAAACUUAUUUUUUUCUUGUUGAUUUUAGCCCAAGUUUUAAAAAACCCCAUUAGCUUUUCCCCUGUUUUCCCUCUGUUUUCUUGCAUUUUCUCACCUUGGGUGUCUUUUUAUUGUUUGUUUUUUGCUUCAAAAUCCCCCUUUUUGUGAUUAAAAAUGGGGUUUUCGAAAAAAUCACAAGUGGAUGGAGUACUAGAUUCGGAAGGGAAAAAAUGGGUAAUAGCGGGUAUUGCUAUACGGACAUCAUUGAAGCUAAUAAACACAAAGCCAAGAGGAAAACAAAGUGGAGAAGAUGACGGUGAAGAAGAAGAAGAAGAAGCUUGUUCAACGACUCCAACUUCAAAAGAAGCAAGAAUACCAGACAAAUUACCUUGCCCUCCACCGCCAAGAAAACGCAGGCCUCCUUUAAGACACCAUUAUAAUGGAGUUAGGGACUUCUUUACACCUCCUGAUUUGGAAUCAGUUUUCAAGCUUCGCCAUGUCGAGAAACCUAUUUGAGUUUGACAUUUUAGAGUAAAAGUUCGUGUUUUUUUUAGCAUUCUAGGGUUUAUGUUAUCUUUUUUUUUUUUGGUUGGGGGGGGGGGUCUUUUUUGCAUUAGUAACUCCUUCUCUAAGCAAUAUAGUGGAGAGGGUUUAAAAGGUGUACAAAGAUAUCAUAUAUUUAUGAAAUAACUAGUGUAGUUUAAGUUCAUACUUUAUUUCUUGCUUGGUGCUUGUAUGAGACUGGUUUGGAUUAUGAUGUUUGUUGUGCUGGAAUUGAACCUUAAAGAA